AUGGUUUAUUAUUUUAGUAGCUCUGUGGUCGAUCCACCCGCAAUAAUAUACAUGGGAAGGGAUAAAGAAGAAAAUGAGGAUUUAAUCAAACAUGGAUGGGAAGAAGAUGUAUGGUAUGAAACUUCGAUGAAUGUUAUAACGGACUUUCACGUACACCCACAUUCGAGUGCCCAUGUUUAUCUUCGACUUCAAUUUGGCCAAUCAUGGGAAAACAUUCCAACAUCUCUUUUAACUGAUCUGGGACAAUUAGUCAAAGCAAAUAGUAUUGCUGGAAUACUUGGGAUGCUUCAUCAUGAUCUUCAACAAAAUCAACCUAAAAUAUUAAAAAAAAACUCUAAAGAUCAAAUUUUAUCUACGGAUCUUAUAAAUACUGCAGAUACUGAAAAUUCUAGUAUUAAUCUUUUUUUUGAGGAAGAAAGAUUUGAAGAACCUUUAGAAUAUGAUGUCGAAGCAGUAAGUAUUGAUAUGAAUGAUGUGCUAGUAAUAGAAGAAUUUUUUGAAAUUAGUAAUUUUAGACAAGACAAUAAAGUUAUUAAUGAAAGUUCAAGUUCAGCAAUUCAUGCUAGCAAUGAGGAUUAG